UGGAGAAAGAAAGGAGAGAAGACUUUGUCCCCUUCCAGAGCCUGCGAGCCUGGGCGGCUGUUUGGAAGAAGGCUGGAAAACAUUAGGCGAAUCGACAGCUCUGGAAAGAAUGUGGACCAGUUUGAGGACAAGCACCGAACCCACCUACCCAAGGGACGGAAGCUGUGGGCCCCGGACCCGAUUCUGGGUGCUGGCAGUGGGAAUAGCUGUCAUCUUGUUUCUUCUGGGAUUUUUAAUCGGUUGGCUGGCGAAUAAACAUGGCCAUCAGUUGCCGAGGACAGAUGCCCAUGAGAAGAUGUUGGAAGCCUUCAUGAAGGAAAUGAAAGCAGAAAGCAUCAAGCAAUUUCUUCACAAUUUCACCCAGCAGCCUCACUUGGCUGGUACACAGGAGAAUCUACGCCUAGCUGAACAGAUACAAGCCAACUGGAAAGCAUUUGGCUUAGACUCGGUCCAAAUGGCUCCUUACGAUGUUCUGCUUUCCUACCCCAACAAGACGAAUCCUAAUUAUAUCUCGCUCAUUGAUGAGCGUGGCCAAGAGAUUUUCAACUCAUCACUCUCUGAGCCUGUUCCUGCAGGAUAUGAGACCGUUGAAGACAUUGUCCCACCCUAUAGUGCUUUCUCGGCCCAGGGUGAGCCAGAGGGAGAUUUGGUGUAUGUGAACUAUGGCAGGAUAGAGGAUUUCCACAGAUUAGAGCGAGAGAUGGGAAUUAAUUGUUCCGGGAAAAUUGUCAUUGUCAGAUAUGGGAAGAUCUUCAGAGGAAAUAAGGUUAAGAAUGCUUACCUGGCUGGGGCCAAAGGCAUCAUUUUAUACUCAGACCCUGCUGAUUCUUGUGCUCCCGGAGUUCAGCCUUACCCAGAUGGCUGGAAUCUGCCAGGAGGCGGAGCCCAACGUGGCAAUGUCCUCCUUCUGGAUGGUGCUGGAGAUCCUCUCACUCCAGGAUAUCCAGCUAAAGAGUAUGCCUAUCGCUUGAAGGAAGCUCAAAGUGCAGCUAGUAACUUAAAUAUUCCCGUCCACCCUAUUGGUUAUCAUGAUGCUGAGAAGCUGCUAAAGGAAAUGGGAGGCGCUCCUGCACCUGAUAACAGUUGGAAGGGACAACUUUCGGUGCCUUAUAAUGUGGGACCUGGCUUUACAGGAACUUCUUCAAAAAGAAAAGUGAGAAUGCACAUCUACAGCUUCAAGCAAGUGAGACGGAUUUACAAUGUGAUCGGAAUUCUCCGAGGAGCAACAGAGCCAGAUAGAUACGUCAUUCUGGGUGGUCACCGUGAUUCAUGGGUGUUUGGUGGGAUUGAUCCCCAGAGUGGAGCUGCGGUUGUUCAUGAGAUCGUCCGAAGUUUUGGGAAGUUGAAGCAGGAAGGUUGGCGACCCAGGAGGACAAUAAUUUUUGCUAGUUGGGAUGCUGAGGAGUUUGGCUUAAUGGGAUCAACAGAGUGGGCAGAGGAAAAUGUCAAAAUACUGCAAGAGAGGGCUGUGGCCUACAUCAAUGCUGACUCCUCUAUAGAAGGUAACUACACUCUUCGAGUUGACUGUACUCCAUCGAUGCAUAGCCUGGUAUAUAAUCUAACUAAAAAGAUACCAAGCCCUGAUGAAAGAUUUGAAGGCAGAUCUCUUUUUGAAAGUUGGUAUGAGAAAAACCCGUCAAGGGAACAGAAAGGCUUCCCAAGGGUAAACAAGCUGGGUUCCGGCAAUGAUUUUGAAGUCUUUUUCCAGAGGUUAGGAAUUGCUUCUGGUAGAGCCCGUUACACUAAAAACUUUAAAGUGGACAGGUUCAGCAGCUACCCGGUUUAUCACAGCGUCUAUGACACUUAUGAGAUGGUGGAAAAGUUUUACGACCCAACUUUCAAGAAUCACUUGGCUGUAGCCCAAGUGCGAGGCGGGCUGGUUUUCGAGCUGGCGGAUGCGGUCCUCCUCCCCUUUGACUGUCGAGAUUAUGCCAAGGCACUUAAUGGCUAUGUUGAUAUCAUUUACAACAUAACCAUGAAACAUCAGGCAGCAAUGGAAACACACAAUGUAUCAUUAGCUUUGCUUCGGGAUUCUGUAACAGCAUUUUCAGAAGUUGCAGAUGACUUUCACCGCAGACUUGAAUUAGUAGACAUCCAUAACCCAAUUGAAGUAAGAUCUUGGAAUGAUCAAUUGAUGUUCUUGGAAAGAGCGUUUAUUGAUCCUCUUGGAUUACCUGGAAGACCAUUUUAUAGACACAUCAUCUUUGCUCCGAACAGUCACAACAAAUACGCCGGCGUGUCCUUCCCUGGGAUCUACGAUGCCCUCUUUGACAUUGAUCACGAAGCAGACCAAGAGAAAGCCUGGGAAGAAGUGAGGAAGCAGAUCUUCGUUGCUGCUUUCACCGUGACAGCUGCAGCUGGGACUCUCAAAGGAACACCAUGAUUUGCUAACCACCAUGAUUGAAUAAGGUCUCAGGUCAAUCCUACUUCAAUUGGAUCGUGGCGACAUCAUGAUUAACUUGGUAUAUGUUGUGCUUCUAGCGCAGUGAUGGCUAACCUUUUUCCCCUCGCGUGCCAAAAUCAUAUAUUUCCACACCCAAAAUGCAAUGUGCCCCAUCCCUACGCAUGCAUGCUUCCAGUGGUGGUUUUCAAAAAUUGUUUGAACCUACUCUGUGGGUGUGGCCUCCUUUGUGGGAGUGGCU